CCUCCACUCUGAGCUCGCAUUUUCCAAGGCUUCGGGCAGUGCUCAACGCUGGCUUGCUGCCCUGGUGGGUUGGCUGAAGGCAGGAGCUACUGGAGGAGCCCUCCACAGAGGGGAGGCUCGGUGGAUCAGGACAGCAGCAGCUGUUCUGGUCUUGACAACACACAAGCCUGCAAAGCUGUAGCCUGUGCACAGGCUUUUGCCAGGUGGGUGUGCCGGCUGGUGAGCUGUCAGCAGGAGUCCACACUGGCCAGGCCUGGAGAUGGCGGGAAACUGCUCCUUGGAGGCCCAUCCCACUAACAGGAACAAGAUGUGUCCCAGCGUGAGCGAGGCCCCGGAGCUCUACAGCCGAGGCUUCCUGACCAUUGAGCAGAUCACGAUGCUGCCGCCGCCAGCCGUCAUGAACUACAUCUUCCUGCUCCUCUGCCUGUGUGGGCUGGUGGGCAACGGGCUGGUCCUCUGGUUUUUCGGCUUCUCCAUCAAGAGGAACCCCUUCUCCAUCUAUUUCCUGCACUUGGCCAGUGCCGAUGUCGGCUACCUCUUCAGCAAGGCCGUGUUCUCCAUCCUGAACACGGGGGGCUUCCUGGGCACGUUUGCCGACUACAUCCGCAGCGUGGCCCGGAUCCUGGGACUCUGCAUGUUUGUCACCAGCGUGAGCCUGCUGCCAGCCAUCAGCACGGAGCGCUGCAUGUCCGUCAUCUUUGCAGCCUGGUACUGGCGCCGGCGGCCCAAGCGCCUGUCGGCUGUGGUGUGCGCCCUGCUCUGGGUCCUGUCUCUCCUGGUCACCAGCAUCCACAACUACUUCUGUGUGUUCCUUGGCCGAGAGGCCUCCCGACCGGCCUGCAGGCACAUGGACAUCUUCCUGGGCAUCCUCCUCUUCCUCAUCUUCUGCCCGCUCAUGGUGCUGCCCUGCCUGGCCCUCAUCGUGCAUGUGGAGUGCCGGGCCCAGAGGCGCCAGCGGUCCGCCAAGCUCAACCACGUCAUCCUAGCCAUGGUCUCCGUGUUCCUUGUGUCCUCCAUAUACCUAGGGAUCGACUGGUUCCUCUUCUGGGUCUUCCAGAUCCCUGCCCCCUUCCCAGAGUAUGUCACCGACCUGUGCAUCUGCAUCAACAGCAGCGCCAAGCCCGUCCUUUACUUCCUGGCCGGGAGGGACAAGUCCCAGCGGCUGUGGGAGCCACUCAGGGUGGUCUUCCAACGGGCCCUGCGGGACGGCGCAGAGCUGGGAGAGGCUGGGGGCGGCACGCCCAACACGGUCACCAUGGAGAUGCAGUGCCCCCCUGGGAACGCCUCCUGAAAGGCCAGCGCCUGGGCAGGGAGCAGCUGGUGGCCUCCAGAGACCUUUGCCGCCUCAGGUGGGGACAGGAAUGAGCAGCUGCCUCACUGCCCACACCGGAGGAGAAAGGUCUGUUUCUAGUCCCUCGUACCUCCUUCUCUCGGGGCUGGAGGGCUCUGGAGUGGCUGAGGGACUGAGCAGACCCCUUCAAACAGACCCUGUGGUCCCCACCCGGCUCCCACAACCAUUCUGCUCCUAAAUGACCCAACUUCCUUGGGAGGAAAUUGCCUCCAAGUGGUGGUCAGGAAGAGAGAAGAGGAGGUCACCCAGCCCAGUCCACCUUUGCCCCUUUGGUCACAACCUUGAACGUGUCCCAGCCAGCACCACCCCCACCAGGCCAGCAGCGUCAUCCCGCCUUCAGGGGCCAUUCUCCCGAUUCUGUCCUCUGGAGGCAGCAUCAGUGGAAGUGGACUUGGUAGCCACGUCUUCCUGCAAGCAGCAUCCUUGCCCCUUUGACAAAUCAUUUGGUGACUUUAAUGGGGGGAUUUCUGGUCCUUGCAAGCCUCUGGAGACAGAAAGGACUUUCAGCCACCUUGAGCAAGUGCCUGCCUUUUCUGACCCCUGCCGGGUGAGUCCUGGGCAGCCCCUGGACAGUCUGUUGGCUCCAGCCCCCACCUGAAAGUGGACUCUGGCCACCCAGAGACAGGCGCCGUGAUACCCACCCACAAGCACAGUGGUCGCAUAUAGCCAAAGGAAGUUUUAUAAAAGACAAUGAAAUGUAUACCAAUAAACAUUUUAUAACUUGCAGUGAGGAAGGCUCAGUGCUGCCAUCCCACCCGGGGUCUCAGAUUCCCACUGUGAGAGGGCCCCAGGACAGCAGCCCUGUACACCAGUCCCCAGGCACUCUGCUCCUCCCCUCCAGCACUCCGGCUGCCUCCUCCGGCUGGGUCUGUCCCCCUCUCCUGGUGGCCCGUCUACUUCUUAGCCAGAGCAAGCCCUGGUCAUCUAGGCUGUCCUCUGCCAGCUUCUGCCAAUGCCCUUUCCUACAUGCCCAGCUGUCCCUGGGACCCAGCUCUCACCUGCUCCCUGCCAGCUGCUACCCACAGGCAUCUAGCUUGCUUGGCCUUACUCAGGUGGGCCGGUCUGCCAAUCUAUGUCCCUGACAGCCCUCUGCUCAGCCAACCUGACUUGCCCUCCUGUCCACUCCAGACCACUGCCCCUCUGAGUUCCCUUUUCUGACAGUCCCAGGUGGUCCUCCCAGUGAGGCCACUGUCCUACAGAAGGCGGAGACCUCGUGUGGUCUGCAGACGAUGGUUCUAGGACCUCCAGGUGACAAAGGUCAAGUGUGGCCACUGACCCCUCCCAGUGCCUGGCCUGCCCCAGCGAUGGUCUGAGAAUUCCAGAAGGGCAGAGUGAAAACCACUACACCUGACGGCUCAUUCCUGGGGACUCAAGAGAGACCAGGGGGGGCUCUGAGGGCAGAUGUGAGGGGCAGGACCGCGACCACAUCCAAGGGUGACAGCUUCCACCAGCACCAACUGCUGAGGCUCAGCCUCCACAUGGGUGGAAGGUUGAGGGGACUGGGGGUCCGAGGGGCCAUCCUGGAUCCUGGCUCUCUAGGAGACCCUGCCCCGGACCUCCAGGCCUGAACACACUCUGGGGAGCUACCCCUACCAGAAGGAAGCGGCCUUUCUGCCUAUGUCCAGCUACCGUGGCUCAGAGCCUGAGUCCUGGAGGGCAGAAACAGCUGGGUCUGGGUCCAACUCUAGGAAGAGGCACCUGCCUUUAGGGACACUGAGACCGGAGGGGCAGAAGGAGCCCCAGUGACAGGGCCUCUCCCAGCCUCUGGACCCUUGUCAAGCACAGAUAACUACAAUCGUGCUGGGAGCAAGCCUUCUUCUGCUCUGUGCCCCCUCCAGCCCCCAGGAAGACCCUGCGCUGCCCUAGGACCCCUCCCUGUCUGUGCUCACAGAGGACUAAAUGAGCAGGAGCCACAGGCCCCACUGUUCCUCCCUCUCCCCUGGUAUUUCAUUAUUAAGGUAGGC